AUGGCCAAGGGUGGGUAUACCUCUUUGUAUGUCAUGGACAACCAUGCCACCCACCCUCCAGUGCCACCCAGGCUAAGCCAGGGGCGACAGCAUGCCAGUGUGGGACAGACCCUACUGUUCAUCCUGAUGAGCGUGGCAUUGUGCGGCAUGACCAUAGAGGCCUGUCUCAUCUACCAUCUCUACCAAACUGAAUCUGUCACCUUAGCGUCAUCCUCUAAGAUCAUCACAGUCUCUCUUUCUUUCUUUCCAGAUGGACAAGAUGUAGUUCAUGCAAAAGACAUUAUGGCAUGGAGCACAGAUGCAGACCCUCUCCUCUAUGAAAUGGACUACAAAGACAGAAGUCUUGUCAUUCAGAAGGAGGGGUAUUACUAUGUCUACUCCAAAGUUUCCUUCUCAGACAACGAUGUAUUUCAUCAUCUUGUUGAUUUGCGUACUGAAAAGUUUACUGGGAAAAGUAUUAACCUCUUGAAGUCCAGGAAAUAUUCCAAUCUUUCCAAGCAUUCCUCUUACAAACAAUCCAACAGUUACUUGGGUGGAGUGUUUCACCUCUCCAAAGGUGAUGCCAUUUUUGUGAAAGUGAGCAACACCUCAAAAAUUGUGCAACAGAAACCGUCUGAUAAUGUCUUUGGUGCAUAUAUGAUAUGA